AUGGCACAGGGCUCAGGUAGACCGCUUGAAGAGCUGCCCGUCGAGCUCCUUCAAGCGAUCCUCGCUGCCGCGCCAGACAUCAAAACCCUGGAGGCCGCCGUCAUGACCGGACCAAGCCUGUAUAACGCCUUCAAAGGAGCAGAAGAGUUCAUCGUGCGGCCAGUCGUGCUACGCCAAUUCGACUCUAAUCUGCUACACGAUGUCUUAGCAACUCAUGCAUCCAGCAACAUUCAGGACUGGUCCAUCGGCCAAGCCGAAAAGUUCUUGACGCCAUACUUUGCCCGCGACCAACACCAUUUCGUCGACUCUAUGGAAUGGAAACUCUCUCGGGCUCGUUCGAUAGACCAAUUUGGUGAGACCGUGCAGUACCUUGCCGACCGACUAGCGACAAAAGCAUUGUCUAACCACACCGCCUGGAGUGGCAUACUGUCCUGGGUUGUUCCGCCAACCAAAUUGGAGAGAAACCGGAUCAGUCGCAGUCUGUAUCGAUUCGAAACGUUUUGCAAUCUGUACCCGUCCUGGAAAUAUGCACUGAGCUCUGACACCGGUAAUCUGUAUAUCGAUAAUUUUGCACCAUGGGAGAACGAACAAUUAGUCUGCCUUAUACCCCAAAAGCCUUCGUGGAUCUUUCAAACAUACGUAGAGGCAUACAUAGAGUCUCACUUGUUUCGCGGCCUUACUCAUAUUCGACUAUUCGCGCUGGACAAGGACACAGACUUACAACAAAUUGCGCAAGUCGUGCGUGGAAGACGAGUCGACGGUAUGGGGGUCGACUCUUUCAUCAAAGACAUGACUCGUUUGCUCGGGCGGGAGGAAACUCCUGAUCUCGAUAAUUUUAGUCCCGAGGACGAAGAAAAGUACAUCCCUCGGCCAUGGUUCCGUGACCCAGACAGUGGGCCAGAAGAUAUAUGGCGAUGGGCCUAUCAAUGGAACCAGCGAAAACAAUUUUUUGCUGCUCGCAGUGCGCAAGCUUUGCGGUCGUGGUUGUUUGUGAUGUGGGAUCGAUGGCGCAUCGACGAGAUGGGUGUUUUGGUCAAAUUGCGGCCGUGGUCUCAUAGUGAUCGGUAG